AUGGUGUAUUUCAUGCUGUUCGGAGAGCUUCCCUACAUACCGCAGGAGGUCACCCCGAAGGCGGCGAUGGCGGCCACCCGGGCGGGAGUACCCGAGCCGAGGUAUUUGACGACUGCGCAUCGGAUUCGGGGCAGCGACGGCACGAGCUUCUGCAGGGACCUUCUGCAGCGCGAGCCGACCCAGCGCUGCAGUGCAACUGGCGCCUUGGGGCAUCCUUACUUCAACGCUAUGUUUGAUGCGAAGAAGGGCCCUGCCAUGAUCGACACGCAGAAGCACGCUGGCUCCGUUCGAGUCCGCCAUGCUGGAGUCGGUCGGCGAGAGCGAGUGCUCUUCGAGUUUCAGCGAGCUGGGCGACUCGGACGACGUUGUGUCGCUGGGUUUGUCCACCGGCGCCUGAUAACGCGUGCUCACCGCCGUUGCCGGCAACCCGGGCUGGGAGCAGCUUCGUCUAGCAGCUCUUAG